ACGUACUAAUUUCCUUUAAGACUUGUGAUGAAGUCAGUAAACCACAGCCCGCCGCGAGCGCUCUCCAGGCUGGUGCUUUCCACCGCAGCACACGCGUGACAUGUCCCAGGUUUGGCAGGCCAGCCACGCUUGGUCUCCGGCAACAUGGACCAAAGGGAGAUUCUGCUGCAAAACCUGGAAAGGGCCCAAGGCAAGAAGCUGAACCGAGAAGAGUUUGUAGACGAGUUUUUGAAGCUGAAAAGGCAGUCAACAAAGUACAGAUCGGAUAAAAUCUACCCUACAGCAGCAUCUGAGCAACCAGAGAACAUCAAGAAGAACAGAUACAAGGACAUCUUACCAUUUGACCACAGCAGAGUGGAGUUGUCCCUGAUUACAUCAGAUGAAGAUUCUUGUUACAUCAAUGCCAACUUCAUCAAGGGUGUCUAUGGGCCAAGAGCAUACAUUGCAACGCAGGGUCCUCUCCCCACAACUGUCAUUGACUUUUGGAGGAUGAUUUGGGAGUAUGAAGUCCUGGUUGUGGUCAUGGCUUGCGUGGAGUUUGAAAUGGGAAAGAAAAAAUGUGAGCGGUACUGGGCAGAGGUGGACGGCUCUCCCCUCCAGUGUGGCCCUUUCUCCAUCGCCUGUGAAGCUGAAGAGAAGAAAAAUGAGUAUGUGAUUAGGACUUUAAAGGUGGCCCUGAAUGAGAGCAUCCGCACCAUCUACCAGUUCCACUAUAAAAACUGGCCAGACCACGACGUCCCCUUGUCCAUUGACCCCAUCCUGGACCUCAUCAGUGAGAUUCGCUGCUACCAGCCGGAUGACAGCGUCCCCAUCUGCAUCCACUGCAGUGCCGGCUGCGGGAGAACAGGCGUCCUCUGUGCCAUUGACUACACCCAGAAGCUGCUGAGGGACGGGAUUGUUCCGGUGAACUUCAGUAUUUUCAGUCUGAUCCAGGAAAUGCGCACGCAGAGGCCUUCCAUAGUGCAGACCAAGGAGCAGUAUGAGCUGGUUUACGAUGCAGUGAUUGAGCUCUUCAAAAGGCAGAUUAAAGCAUUCGAUGCCCAGGCAGAAUCUGCUGCUUCACAGGUACAUGCAAGGCAUCCCGUAGCCAAACCACGCCUGACUGCAGUGGAAGAUAUUUAUUCUCUGAGAUCACUAACCUGCUCAGAGCCACAGGAGCAGGACACACAUCAACUUCCUCCUCCGGUCGUACAGAGUGAAUCAUCCCCGACAUCGGUGUCUGCCACGGGAGUGCAUGACAGCUCCGGGCAUGGAGUCCCUCCCAUCAGACAGGCCAUCUCCUUUGGUACUUUGAACUUCAUCAGCUGCAGGAAGGCAGCUGCUGCUGAGAAGUGGGGCGCUGGGGAUGCUCUUCAGAAACACCACAGUUUGGAGUUCAACAGCAUCUCUCCUGAGCAGCUGCUUCUGAACCCGGAGCCAACGGGAGUGGGCAGGAGAGGGCCUCGUGGCACAGCACCCCUCACACGGACCGCAUCGACCCCUUUCGUGCUGGCGCAGCGGGGAGAAGGCUGGGAAGGGGGUGGAGGGGAUGCAAAGCCCACUUGGAGUUCACGGUUGCCAAAUGCCUGUUACUCAAGCUUUCAGGUGAAGCAGUGGGAUGGAUUUUCCCCUGUUGAGCUGAACCACUCGAGCAUAGAAGCCAACAGCCCCCCAAGCCACAGGAACCACGGGCGAUAUCCUUACCCCCACUUCUGCUCAGCAGAAGACCCCUACUUCUCCUCACUCUCUCCAGAAGGCCCUGUGUCCCCGGUGUUUACCGAGCACUUUGUGGAGGGGCAGGAUGCAUUCCUCCCUUCACGCGCUGUGAUCUCCCCGUUGCCCGCUGCUGUGGCCAGCUCCCCGCCACCCGGGCCUGCAUCCCACCAUGCUCCCCCACUGAGCAGCGAGGGGAUAUCCUCGUUCUUCCCCACCACCCAGCCACAGCCAGAUGAUGAUAACCCUCCGCCCCUGCCCGAGCGAACCCCAGAGUCUUUUAUUGUGGUCAGUGAAUCUGGAGAAUUUCCUCUGGCCACUUCUGAUUUUCAGCUUCCAACCAGAAAUACAAAUAUCAGAACGUCUUUGAGGUGGAGUGGUGAGUCUCAUUCAGAAGUGGUUAAUGAUUCCAUAAGGCUGAGACCAUGCAAGAGUGUGAAGCUUCGGAGCCCAGAAAGAGAGACAGGCCGGGAUUGCUCUAACUCUCCCCCUGCCCUUCCUGAAAGAACCCCAGAGUCAUUUCUUCUUGCUGAUGCAGCGAGUCUGCAGGCUGCUGCAAGAAAUUCUACGAGUCCUGUGGGCUUGGAGAGCAAUGCUGCUGAAUCAUCAUCAAAAGAGCCUACAAAAUGCUUCAGGAGAAGCAAGAGCUUGAAAAUACUGAAAAAUGUGAGAAAGAGCAUCUGUAGUCCGUCUUCACUGACAAAACCAUCAGAAUCUGCCCCGUCAAACCACUCGAGGUCUUUCCUUAACUUUGGCUUUGCAAAUCGAUUUUCAAAACCUAAAGGACCAAGAAAUCCACCACCAGGAUGGAAUAUUUAGAUACAUUUUAUAUAUUUGAUGUUGCAGAUUUGUGAGGCCCUGAUGUGCCUUGAGCGCUCCUCCCAGUAAGGUUUCCAUCAAUACAUCAAAAGCUGUUGCAUGAUAUUUGCAGCUCAGGCACCACCUGCACAUUCAUCAGCUAAACCUUAAGUAAAGAAGAAUAUAAAAACACCAACAGUUAAGCAUUUUCAGUUAAUUUACCACAGGAUGGAAACUCAAAGCGGGAAUAGCUAUUUUAUCGUAAGGAGGGAUACAUUUUUGUUGUGUUUUGGAAUGUAUUCACUUCAAAAGGACGGAUUUGAGUGUUGUGAAACAGAGCUACGUGAACUGGUGACAGGAUCCAGUGAAGACCAUUGGGUGACAUGGAUGGCCAACGGAGCAGACCAAAGCAGAACGAGACUCGGGAUCGUGCAGACGCAGCAUCUGUGUAGCUCCACUCACGUGUGUAGGUCCACUGUGAUCGAAGACCCAUGCUUCCUUUAAUGUUUACGUUACUUGGACAACAGGAGAAUUAGCAUCUCAGAUUUUAGAAAUAAUUUUUAAGUUUUUUUUCAUCUGAGCGAAUCAGAGAAUUUGUCUGUUAUUUCUGGUCAAUAAGAUUGAUCACAUAGAAACUAAACUAGUGUUAACUGACUGCCCUUGCUAUCUGGGGGGAAAAAAACCCAAACCGAACAAGACACCACCACAGCCAGUGAAGUAUCAUUGUAUUUUCAAAGCAAUACUGGUUUUAAGGAUUUGUGACUCUCCAGCACAAAAUUUCAGAUGGAUAGCUUGGAAGAUGAGAUUUCUGGCCAGAUUCGUCACCAGGUUCCACCGCUAUUUAUGUUCUCCGUGGGGAGGGAUAAAGCUGUUGAAAACUGG